CAAAGUACCAACAUAGAUGUGGUUCGUUUUCCGUGCGUGGUUUACAUAAAUGAAGUACGUGUCAUUCCUCCAGGAGUGAGAGCUCACACGAGUUUGCCUGACAACAGGGCUUAUGGAGAGACGUCCCCACAUGCAUUUCAACUGGACUUGUUUUUCAACAAUGUCAGCAAGCCAAGUGCCCCUGUAUUUGAUAGGCUGGGGAGCCUUGAAUAUGAUGAAAACACUUCAAUUAUUUUCAGACCCAAUGCAAAGGUCAACACGGAUGGAUUGGUUCUAAGAGGGUGGUACAACUGUCUGACUUUGGCAAUAUAUGGCUCAGUUGACAGGGUAAUAAGUCAUGAGAGAGAAUCGCCUCCUCCACCCCCACCUCCGCCACCACCUCCCCAGCAACAGCCUGGUUUGAAGAGAAACCCGAAACAUGUUGAUGGAGAGAAAGAAGACCAGUUCAAUGGCAGCCCUCCAAGACCACAACCUAGGGGACCAAGGACACCUCCAGGCCCUCCUCCUCCUGAUGAUGAUGAGGAUGAACCUAUGCCAGUGUCAGUAGUUGGGGAAAAAGAAGAUGAUGUGGACCAUAGAGAGGAUUACUUUGAGCCCAUUUCUCCUGAUCGAACAUCCAUUCAUCAAGAAAGCCAGUAUUCUGAUGAUGGAGAAGUGGAGGAAGAUCAACCAGACGAAGGAGAUGAUGAAGAUGAUGUGGAUGUUGAGGAAGAGGAGGAUGAGGAGGAAGAUGAUGAUGACGAUGAUGGGCAUACAGUAGAGAGUAUUGCUGAUGAAGAGGAGGAAGAAGAGGAGGAAGAUGAAGAUGAAGAAGAAGGUGAAGAGGAGGAAGAAGGUGAAGGAGAUGAUGGAUAUGAGCAAAUUUCAAGUGAUGAAGAUGGAAUUGCUGAUCUGGAACGUGAAACAUUUAAGUAUCCAAGCUUUGACAUUGAAUAUACUCCUGAGGAUCUGGCAUCUGUGCCUCCAGUGACUUAUGAACCUUUUGAAAGGGAGCUUGGGCCUCUUUUAUACUUCAGCUGCCCUUACAAGACUGUAUUUGAAAAUGAAGUCAGUAAAAUAAAGGACCAAGACCCAGAAAAAGAAAAUUCAGGGGCAGUGGAAGCAUCAGUUAAAUUAACUGAACUGUUGGAACUAUAUCAAGAGGAAAGGGGUGCAAAGUGGGUUACUGCAUUAGAAGAAGUUCCGAGUUUAAUAAUAAAAGGAUUGAGCUAUCUGCAGGUGAAAGAGACAAAGCAAGACUACAUUGCACAGCUAGUGGACUGGACCCUGCAAGCUUUAAACCUUCAGGUAGCUCUCAAACAGCCCAUUGCUUUGAAUGUCCGACAACUCAAGGCUGGGACAAAACUGGUAUCAUCGUUAGCAGAAUGUGGGACUCAAGGAAUAACAGCACUCUUGCAGGCAGGAGUUAUUAAUGUGUUAUUUGAACUGUUGUUUGCAGAUCAUGUAUCAUCCUCCCUUAAACUUAAUGCUUUUAAAGCUUUGGAUAGUGUUAUUAGUAUGACUGAGGGAAUGGAAAUGUUUCUAAGGGGUGGCAUAGAUGGAGAUGACAAAAGUGGUUACCAGAAACUCCUGGAACUCAUACUAUUAGACCAGACUGUGCGAGUAGUUACUGCUGGUUCUGCAAUUCUGCAGAAAUGUCACUUCUAUGAGAUUCUGUCAGAUAUUAAAAAGGUGGUCGAUCAGCUAGCAGAGAACACUCCUUCUCUUCCUAAUCACACGGAGCCAGAACAAGACCAGGACUUGGCGGGACUUGAAAGAACCAACCAGGAAUAUGAGAAUGAUGUAGAGGCUCCUAUGGACAUGGAUCAUCUUUUGGAAUCUUCUAAUAUAAGCGAAGGAGAGAUGGAAAAGCUCGUUAGUCUUCUUGAAGAAAUCUUCCAUUUGAUGGAAACUGCUCCCCAUACGAUGAUUCAGCCACCCGUGAAAUCUUUCCCAACCAUGGCACGCAUUACGGGCCCUCCAGAAAGGGAUGAUCCUUACCCCGUCCUGUUUAGAUAUCUUCACAGUCACCAUUUCUUGGAAUGCAUUACUUUGCUGCUGUCUAUUCCAGUGACAGGUGCACAUCCAGGUGUACUUCAGGCUAUCCGAGAUAUAUUGCGUUUCCUGGCACAGUCACAGAAGGGCCUUCUUUUCUUCAUUUCUGAGUACGAGGCAACAAACUUGUUGAUUAGAGCACUUUGCCAGUUUUCUGAUCCAGAUCAAGAGGAAGGUCUCCAAUCAGAUGGUACCAACGAGGAUACUUUUGCCCUGUGGCUCCUGCACUCCACACAGACCUUGCAGUGCAUUUCAGAGUUGUUCUGCCACUUUCAGCGGUGCACAGCCAGCGAGGAGACUGACCAUUCGGAUCUGCUGGGAACACUCCACAACCUUUACUUGAUAACCUUUAACCCUGUGGGGAGAUCUGCUGUGGCUCAUGUAUUCAAUUUGGAGAAAAAUUUCCAAAGUCUUAUUACUUUAAUGGAGUACUAUUCCAAAGAAGCUUUAGGAGACUCAAAGUCUAAGAAGUCAGUUGCUUAUAAUUAUGCCUGCAUCCUUGUUUUGCUGGUGGUUCAAUCCUCCAGUGACGUCCAAAUGCUGGAACAGCACUCAGCGCCUUUGCUGAAGCUUUGUAAGGCUGACGAAAACAACACCAAAUUGCAAGAGCUCAGCAAGUGGCUUGAACCUUUGAAAAAUCUUAGAUUUGAAAUAAAUUGUAUUCCAAAUCUCAUUGAAUAUAUCAAGCAGAAUAUUGACAGUUUGAUGACCCCAGAUGGAGUUGGUCUUCCUACUGCACUUCGUGUUCUUUGUCAUGUUGCAUGUCCACCGCCUCUGGUGGAAGGUCAACAGAAAGACCUUAAAUGGAAUCUUGCAGUUAUUCAGCUCUUUUCUUCUGAGGGAAUGGACACCUUCAUUCGGGUAUUGCAGAAGCUGAACAGCAUACUUAUUCAGCCUUGGCGACUCCACGUCAACAUGGGCACCACGCUUCACAGAGUUACUACCAUUUCUAUGGCCCGCUGUACACUCACUCUGCUUAAAACAAUGCUAACAGAACUGCUGCGGGGUGGAUCUUUUGAAUUCAAAGACAUGCGUGUUCCAUCAGCACUUGUUUCUUUGCACAUGCUCCUGUGUUCCAUUCCUCUCUCAGGCCGCUUAGAUAGCGAUGAACAAAAAAUUCAGAAUGACAUUGUUGAUAUCUUACUGACUUUUACACAAGGUGUAAAUGAAAAACUGACCAUUUCCGAAGAAACUUUGGCAAACAAUACUUGGUCUUUAAUGCUGAAGGAAGUUCUCUCUUCAAUUUUGAGAAUUCCUGAAGGCUUUUUCUCUGGACUUAUACUACUUUCAGAAUUGUUGCCUCUUCCACUGCCCAUGCAGACGACUCAGGUAAUUGAACCACACGAUAUUGCGGUGGCACUCAACACCAGGAAGCUGUGGAGUAUGCAUCUUCACGUUCAAGCCAAACUGAUACAAGAGAUAGUUCGAUCUUUCUCUGGUUCAUCUUGCCAGCCCAUUCAGCACAUGUUGAGGCGUAUUUGUGUUCAGUUGUGUGACUUGGCUUCACCUACUGCUCUUCUUAUCAUGAGGACUGUAUUGGAUCUGAUUGUAGAAGACCUACAGAGCAACACAGAAGAUAAAGAGAAACAGUACACUGGACAGACCACUCGACUGCUUGCUUUAUUGGAUGCUCUGGCUUCACACAAAGCUUGUAAAUUGGCUAUUUUACAUCUUAUCAGUGGCACUAGUAAAGGUGAUGAAAAGUAUGCAGAGGUUUUCCAGGAGCUCUUGGCUUUAAUGCGAUCAGCUGGGGACAAUGUCACUCAUCAACAGAGCGCUGAAUAUGUAACUUCCCUUUUGCAGUCCCUCUGUGAUCAGGAUAUUGCACUAAUUUUACCAAGCUCGUCAGAAGGCUCUAUGUCUGAAUCAGAGCAGCUUUCCAACUCCUUACCAGGCAGAGAGCUGAUGCCCUUAAUUUGUGACUCUCUGAUGGAAACAUUAACUAAUUCUGAGAGCAGUUACAAUUGUCUGCUGACAUGUAUCCGAACAAUGAUGUUCCUUACAGAGCAUGACUAUGGCUUCUAUCACUUAAAGAGCUCUCUAAGAAAACACAGCAGUGCUCUGUACACUGUAUUAAAACGAGUAAUAACUAGUUUUAGCAAAGACACAGGUGAACUGGCCUCUUCUUUUUUGGAUUUUAUGCGACAGAUUCUAAACUCUGAUACCCUGGGAUGUUGUGGAGAUGACACAAGCCUUAUGGAAGCAGAUGGAUCUCAUCCAGGCAGAACACUGGGUCUAACUACUGCAGAGUUAAAACAUCUGCUGCAGAACAAAGAAGAAACCCCAGAAAACCUGCUGCUUGAUCUGGAGAAACAUGUUAUGGUAAAAGAAUUUAAAUAAUCAAGUUGAU